GAGGGGAAUGUGGCCAGCAUCCAAAACACAGAUGCACAUGUUUUGUUUGUGCCGUCUCGACCAACCAUCUUGUCUCGUCAUUGGGUCCGCGAGGUCGAUUAACGCAUCCACGCCAAAGGAAUUGAGCCAAAACGCUUCAAGUAGGGAGAUCGAGAAUCGUCUUCUUCGAGUCCGACGAAGCGCCACUACGGGUCGAUCUGAACCGUUGGCGAGAUUCAACCAUCCUAUCCAGUUUCAGCACGCUCGGCCGCCUCCUGCUCCUGCACACGGCGCGCACGAGGGAAAAAAGAUGGCGGCGGCGGCGGUGCGGCGCGCGGAGGAGCUGGUGGAGAGGGAGAUGAGCGGGCGCGACGCCUCCCACGACGCCGCCCACGCGCUCCGCGUCCGCGACCUCGCGCUCUCCCUCGCCGCCGAGCAGGGCCUCUCCUCCCCCGACCGCCUCCUCAUCGUGGAACUGGCUGCUCUGCUGCACGACAUCGGGGAUUACAAGUAUACCAAGGAUAAUAUGGAGGAUAUGAGCAUAGUCGAGAGGUUUCUUCAAGAUGUGGGAUUGGAGAAGGGCCAGAGGGAGGAAAUUGUGUCAAUUAUUACAGGGAUGGGAUUCAAAAAUGAAGUUUCAGGGAAGGCUGCUGAGCCCACACUUGAGUUUGCAGUUGUGCAAGAUGCAGAUCGUCUGGAUGCAAUUGGUGCAAUUGGUGUUGCAAGAUGUUUUACAUAUGGAGGGAGCAAGAACAGUGCAUUGCAUGAUCCUAAAGUACUUCCACGGGAUAAUUUGUCAAAAGAGAAGUACAUGUCUAAGGAGAAACAAACAUCAAUUAAUCAUUUCCACGAGAAGCUUUUCAAGUUGAAGGACAUGAUGAAGACAGAGGCCGGGAAAAGGAGAGCAGAGAAAAGGCACAAAUUCAUGGAAGAUUUUGUGGCUGAAUUCUAUGAAGAGUGGAGUGGCAGGGCUUGAAGUUGACCAACCAGGUUGUGGACGUGUGUGGCAAGGCUUGAAGUUGGCCAACCAACUUUCAGCAACUCAUGUCAUUUCCUGCUGACAAGGGAUCCAAAUAAACAAGGGACUAAUCCAGAGGAGUUGUUGAAUCUGCUAAGACUCUUCAGAAUAAAGGGUCGAAACCCCAGCACCAACUUGUAUUACAAAGAAGCCACAAAGCGCCAUCUAGCCACCUCACUGUUCAUGUUCUGGCAAAACUUUGUUCAAACCACUACAAGCAAUAUUAGGCAAUGGUGGAUAAGAUUACUGUUGAACAAGUACUUUCCCUCAAUGCCCCUGAUCACUCUGCAUGUGUCGUUUAUGUUGUAUCAUGUUAUGGUUCAUCUGUAGCAUUGCUGAGAAGUAAUCACACUGGUGUUGUUAAUUAGCAUUGCUGGGAAAUAAUCACACACUGUUGUUGUUAAGUAA